GCUGAUUUCGGGACCGCAAAAAUUAACUCGCUGGCCCAUCUACGUUCUGGGACCGGCGGGGAACUGCACACCGCAAAACUACAACCAGCGAAGGAGAAGGAGCCGCUGGAGCAGCUGUACGAGGUGGGCCUGCUGCUGGGGAGCGGCGGCUUCGGCUCGGUUUACUCCGGUAUCCGCCUCUCCGACAGCACACGGGUGGCCAUCAAGCACGUGGCACGGGAGCGCAUCUCCGAGUGGGGCGAGCUGCCCUGUGGCACCCGUGUGCCGAUGGAGAUCAUGCUGCUGACCACGGUGGGCUCCGGCUGCAGCAACGUCAUCCAGCUGCUGGAAUGGUUUGAGCUGCCAGACAGCCUCGUGCUGCACUGCCACAGCUGCGGGGUCCUGCACCGUGACAUCAAGGAUGAGAACAUCAUCCUCGACCUCGCCACCGGUGAGCUCAAGCUCUUCGACUUCAGCUGCGGCACCUUCCUCAAGGACACGGUCUACACCCAGUUUGACGGUGAGCCCACACCUGGGGGGGUGCUCCCGAAUCAAAAGCUGCCGCAGAUCCUGGGCUCGCUGCUGCAGAUCCUGGGCUCGCUGCCGCAGAUCCUGGGCUCGCUGCCAUGGCCUUGGGCUCGCUCUGCCCCCUGA